AUGUCCGCCAACAGAAUCUGGCGUGCCCUUUCUGCUUUCAACCCCUCCACUCGAAGGUGGACAGUCAUAUCUCAGUCUGCACGAAGCGCGGUGCCGCAGAGCCAAUCGCCUCAAAGGCUUGCUCUCACAACAUGGAACAUGGACGCAUUCUCCUCACGACCCAUCUCACGCGCCAAGCUCAUCCUUGGCCACAUCCUCGAGGCUCCGAAACCUUCCGAUGUCGUCUUUCUCCAAGAAGUCACGCGCGACGUCCGUGUCGCUCUCUUGCAAGAUGCGCGCGUGCGUACAGCCUUCCUGGCAACCGACGCUGAGGAGGAAACGGCGUUUGAAAACGUGCCCUUUGCGACCAUGACGUUGUUGUCCAACGCGCGCUUCGCAUCGGGAUUGGAGCCGCCACAAGAACCUUCUACUGGGGUCGACGGCCGGGACAAGAUCAUGCUCGGACGCGUCUCGCGUAUGCCACUCCCGAGCAAGUACCGGCGGGAUGCCCUGUGCGUGGAGGUCGUCCACCCAGGCGCGCGGGGCACGAUCCUCCAUCUGAUCAACGUGCACCUCGACUCGCUCUGGGACACACUGCACUACCGCACCCAACAGCUGGAGAUACUGUCCGCCGUCCUGCGCGAGCCGGGGUGCGACGGUGGUAUCAUCGCGGGCGAUUUCAACGCGAUCAGCCGCGAGGACGACGCUCUCGUCGACAAGAACGGACUGGUCGAUGCGUGGGUCGCGUUGCGCGGGAGCGCAGACCCUGAUGGCGGAACUUGGGGUGUUGGCGCAGUGCGACGGCCGGGCAGGUUGGACAAGGUUGCGAUGGUGGGCUUGGAGGCGGAGGAGAUAGAAGUGCUGCGUCCUGGUUUUAUUGAGGUGCCUAGACCGGGCGAGGAGUCCCUGGAGAUCCCUUGGAGCGACCAUUGCGGGCUAAGAUGUACUUUUACCUUCUGA